AUGCAACAGGUCCAGCAGGUCCCGGCCGGCUUCGACGCCGAGAACGCCGACAACUUUGAAGAUAUCGAGAAGCAGUUUGCCGUCAAGGCCGUGCAGCACAUGGAGACGUACUGGGCGAUCCUGGAGCGCGUGCGCGGGUCGACGCUGCGCCUCACAAAACUGGACGACGACAUCCUCGAGCACCUCCAGAAAGACUUCCCCGAGUUCGACCCGGCGGCCAGGAUUGAUGAGGACGAGAUGAAGAGCAAGACGGGCAAGGAGCGGUGGCGCAACUUUAUGAUGGCCUACGAGAAGAAGGUGGACGACUACAACUUUGGCACCAUGAUGCGCAUUGCGCCGAACGUCGAGUAUGGCCGGGACGAGAGUGACGCGAUCGACACGAACAUGGCCUGGUGGGACAAGGACUGCGCACGAAGCGACGACAGUCAUGCGGAUGACGAAAGAACAACAAUGCUGACAAAGACAGUGCCGAGGAUGCAGUUCUACGCGGUCGAAAUUGCACGAAACCGCAAGGGCCUGAACGACUGGAUCUACGAGAAGGCCCAGGCCGAGAAGGCGGCGAAGAAGUAG